GGCCUCCUUGGCGAGCUUGUAGUCCUCGUCCAUCGUGGUUCUGAUACCAAUUAUGCCCAAUGAAAGUGAGAUAAAUCGGAUAUUUGGCCAAUCAUCACCUGGAAGGGGACACUCUUGCUUACCAUCGUACAAGGCUCAAGAUGACUGAUUACAAGGAGGAGCAGGCCAUGGAGGUGGAGGCCCUCGAGGCCAUCUAUAUGGACGACUUUACCAAGCUGUCCGACGAGCCGCUUACCUACCAGGUACACGUGGUACCCAACCAGGACGGCGAGAACAACUUCGUGGCGUUGAUCCUUAAGGCAGAAAUCCCGGAGACGUACCCUGACCUGGAGCCGAAGAUUGAGGUUAUCGUGAAGAAAGGUUUAGCGGACAGGCAAGUGAAGGAGAUCAAGGAGCUGCUGGCCCAGCAGAUCGAGGAGAAUAUGGGUAUGGCUAUGAUGUACACGCUGUCGGAGGCAGUGCGUGAAUAUUUAGUGGAAAACAACCGCGAAGGAAACGACGGAUCGGAGCACCAGGAGAUGCUGCGUCGUAUGGAGUUGAAGAAGAAGAAAGAGGAGAAGGUGGAAGCGGACAAAUUAGAGCAGGCCAACGCAGAAGCUGAGGAGAGCCGACGUGAAUUCCACGGUACGCCCGUGACCGUCGAGACAUUCGCCGCCUGGAAAGCUAAGUUUGACGCCGAGAUGGCGCCCAAGAAGAAAGCCUCCAUUAAGGACGAGGCCUCUGCGAAACUCACAGGUACGCGGAAACAUAGCGUGCUGCGAGCUCUUAUCUAAACUCCUGAUAUCUUGCAGGUCGUCAGCUGUGGAACAAGGGUCUGGUCACGGAGGAUGGUGCAGUGGAAGCUGAGGCUGAAGCCGAGGGUGAGGACGCCGCAGAACACGAUGGUGAGGCCAUGGAGGGCAAUGACGACCAGAAGUAGAGUGAACACCAGGCAACUUGAAGUAUCUUAAUGCUUCAAUAGAGUUCAUAUUCUCCAUGAUAGGUGUGGACAGAAAAAAAUGAACGUCUAAAACUACCUUGGGUUUUGUAUUGGCC